AUGGAACUACAUUGCACAAAGGAAAGAAAGAUACAUAAAAAACAGGAAGAAGCUACGAAACAAGAUAAAAAUGAUAAAAAAAUUAAUAUUCAUCAAUUGGAACUGUGCACGCAAUCAAUAAAACGAAGCAAUGAAUUCGGUGAACAACCUGUCAAGAAAGCUCGUAAAAAACAUUGCAGUUGGAUAAAAUUUAGUUCUGAUGAUUAUUGUCUAAAUACCAAGUUUGCUAAACAUAAUCGUGCAUAUGAAGAAGUUUUUAAUCGUUUAAAAAAUUGUAUUUCGGAUGAAUCGGGUAUUUCUGACUUGUCACAAGAAUGCAAAACGUCUUCAAGGAGUACCAAAGCAAAGAGAGAAGAUCAAGAAAAGGUCAUAUCCGAAAAGGACGAUUAUUAUACAUUGCUACGCCAGCGGAGAGCCGAAUUUCGGAUGCACUUGAUCAGAAAGAUUAAAGGGUCGGGAAAGAGUGAUGAAAGCCAGCAAGAGGACAUGAUGGAAAUAUGCAGCAGUUAUGCAAAAGAGAGGACGCUUUUGAAUAACGAUGACGGUGUUCGGGAGCGAGCUUCAUCGGUUUCGGCAUCGUCGAGAAGCAUCGACGAUGACACGGAUGGUUGGAUCACAGAGGAAGACAAGAAUCUCUUGAGGUAUUACUACUACAUUCUUCAUGAGGUCGAUGACGCCCGCGCGGGUACCUUAGAUUCUGACACGUUAAAGAAGAUAACGAGCAUGGUGUCCGCUGAAUGGCAGGAGAGACACAACGAGUACCUCGGCCGAUUGAUACAUGAAAUAAAGCGCGAUUACGUUACGAGUAUGAAAAAAUCCAUUGUCGACUUUGUGCUGCAGGAGCCCUUUGAAGAGGUGUACGAGUUCUUUGCUCCGGUUAGUAUUACGUGAAUGUGCGAUGACAUUUAUCCUGA